AUGGAGCAGGCUGAGCAGGAUGUCAGCGUGCGAGCAGCCCUGGGCCUCCAGCAGGCAGCAGUGUUUGCAGGGCCAGGAGAAAGCUGGCUGGACAGCAGCAAGGACCCCCUACAGCUCCUCUUGGCUGGGAAGGAGCCCCAGGAGAAGGUGCUGGAGUUGGCAAGGCCCCAGCUGGCCCUGGUUCCCCUUGGCUACAGCGUGUCCCUGCUGCUGUGGGACCCCCACGGCCCUGAGACACAGCUGCCCUUCCAGAGUGUCAUCUGGCAGGUGAUUGACACCGUCUUCCAGGAACUGGAGGCCUUGGGGGAUGCCACACAGAGCCUGCAGAUGGUCAGCCUGGUCCAGGUCAGCAGCCACAACAAAGCCUGGGACCUGCUCUGUCCCGACGGCCGAGCCCUGCAGGUGAUGGAUGUGGCACCCCUGGGCCUGAUGGUGGAAGAGGCAACAGAAGUGGCCGUGCCCGAUGCCCAGGCUGCCAUCAGUGCCUAUGCCAGGGGGCUGGGUGCCAUCCCAGCGUUGUUCCAGGGGGAGUGCAGGGAACCUGGAGCUGUCUGCCUGCCCUGGAUCGUGGAGCGGCUGCUGGAGGGGAACAGCCUGACCUUCCUGCUGCUGUGUGUGUCACUGCCAGGUAGCCUCUGGGACUGGGACGCACUCUGGGUGCCCCCUCCCUGAGGAUUCCCCCCAUCCUGCCCCACAGCUGGCACUCGGUGCCUGGCUGCUGCCCGGGGACACCUGCAGUCAUUGGAAGCUGGACACAGCUCCACUCAUCUCCAUCGCACUGGGACCCCUGUGCUGGGGGCCCCCCAUGGCCCCUGCCCAGGGCUCGCUGCUCUCCCAGACACGUCCAGAGAGGAGUUCCUGGGAGCUCUGGGACUGGCUGAGAGGGUGAAGGGGCUGGCCAAGACCAUCACUGCCACAGUCUGGGACCCUGAGGAGGAGAUUGCAGCACGCCGCAGGGAGAUGCGAGGGCUGCGGAUGGAGCUGCUGGCUGGGUUGGGCUGCCCUGAGCAGAGGAGAGCUGUGGCCCAGCUGCAGAGAGCCC